AUGAAGGAGAAGAGGAUUGUGGAGAAAAUCCUUCAAAAUUUGACAUCAAAGUUUGAUGCAAUAGUGAUUGCCAUUAAAGAGGUAAAGGAUUUAUCAGCUUUGACAGUUGAUGAGUUGAUGGGUUCUCUUCAAACUUAUGAGAAACACCUAAAUAGGACAGCUACUUCUUCCCAAGAGAAAUAUUUCAAAGCUCAAGUCAAUGCAAGAGGUAGGGGGAGAGGAAGAAGUGGAAGGAUUUCAAGAGGUCGAGAUCGUGGCAAUCAAGAAAGCUCAGGUCGAGAAAACAACCAAGAGGGAGCGAGCAACUCUCAAAAUAACUCCAAACAAGGCAAGAAGAACAACAAUUUGAAUCAAACAUAUGAUAAGAGUAAUGUGGAGUGUUUUAACUGCCAAAAAUUUGGGCAUUAUGAAAGGGAUUGCUGGAAAAAGAAAGGUAAUCAGGCAAGACAUAAUCCUAAUGUGGUUGAUGUGAAUGUGGGUGAAAAUAAUCAGUCCACAACCUUCAUCAUGUGCAACAUUGGUGAAGAAGGUAGCCUUGAAGUUUGGUAUUUGGAUAGUGUUUGCAGUAACCACAUGAGUGGUAAUGAGAGUUUGUUCUCAUUUAUUGACAAGAAUGUCAAAUAUGAGAUCAAAAUGGGGAACAAUAGAAUAGUUCUAGUUGAAGGAAGAGGAUCUAUUAUGAUUUGCACUAAGAAAGGUGAGAAGAAGGAGAUUGAGAAUGUUUAUUUUGCCCCAGGAAUUAAGCAUAAUCUCAUGAGCUCUAGUGCUGCACCUCGCAAGAAAGCAUGUACAAUAGUGCAUCAGUUGAAGGCCCUCAAGAGUAGCAUUGAAGACCCUUCCAAGCUGUGGAAUCUCAUGUAUGUAUACUUGGGUUAUGCUGGUUUGAGUUUAUUGUCCAAGAAAAGAAUGGUAGAUGGUUUUCAAAAUGGAGACCGUGCAGGCAGUCAUAGCGAUUGUAGCCCAACACAAAUGGAAGGUAUUCCAAAUGGAUGUAAAGUUGAUGUGAAGUUUGCCUUCCUUAAUGCAGUGCUAAAAGAAGAGGUUAAUAUGGAGCUGAAGAAAGCUCUUUAUGGGCUAAAGAAAGAUCCACGAGCAUGGUACAACAAGAUUGACUGA